AUGGUUUAUUCAUCCUCCUUCCCCAACAUCCAAGAGCGCCUCCUCAAAAGGGGUUACACCUUCCCUGCGAUCUGGGAAGUCUUCCGAUCCCAUCUCGGUUGGGCGAUUAGCCAUUUUGCCGCGGAAGUUGGUCCAGAUCAGGCGUUGUAUAGGGCUGAAUUGGAACUUUGGAAAUACUUCUGGGAUGAGAAGAUACAUGUUUUCCCUGGCGAGGAGCCUCGGUCACAGGCCCUGCCGUUGAGUGAAACUGUGGCGUCGCAAGUGCAAUCAGGCAUAGGAAUAAACCCAAGACCGAAGAGCCCAGAAGUACCCCGGCCCAGCCCUCGACCUUUCAGCGCCAUCUGUCCCGCUGUAGCAACCUCAGAGGUGGUGGCGGUUAAGGCCUCAUGGGUGCAGAGAGCCAUGGACCAGAUCAAGCAAGAGAUGGGGCACGCGCCUGGAAAGGAGCUGUUGAUAUUUUCACCGGUUGGAGAACAGCAAGAAAAGCGCCCAUGUGUAUCAGUGGAAACUGAGAAACUACGACAAGCCCCACAGAGCCCACGAAUGGAUGCCCACCCUAAUCUCGAUAUAUACGAAAGGGAAAAAAUACCUUAUGCGAAGGUGCCAGAUGUCGACGAGAUGCCCGCGAUGCGGUCCAAACCGCCUAGCCUUAAGCCAGCUCAGCAUUACUACGACCUCAAGGGGAGUGGAGUUUACUACGAACGUCAGCUAGCCGACAGCCCAUCGGCAUCCCAGUCCAUAGCCCAACCAUAUCCCCCGCGCUCCAGCAUUCCUAAAAUAUCUAAAAUGCAACUCACUAGCCCGGUAUCAACAUGUCAUGACUAUCAUCCCGGCGAAACAUUUAGCAGGCCAUCAACUUGCCAACACCCAACCCAGCUAUAUCGAUCACCUUUCGGAAUUAAUAAUCUAGCUGAAAACGACAAGUGCUUCCGUUUGGGCAUGCCGAGCACGGAGAAACUCCAAAAGGCGAAUAGUAUUGGAUUUAGAGGACAGCAGCCUACGAGAGGCACACGGAUGAGGGGGAGGAGUGCCAGUCCAGAGCCGGAGCACAGAUAUCCCCUAAGAAGUGCGACAUGCCGAUCUGUGGAAUGUGCUGGAGAUAUUGGGGCGCGGGAGAAUUCGAGGGAGCGCAGUGGGUGA